AUGCUAGUGGCUUUGUUUCCUACCUUGUCUCUGGUUACUGUUAUCCAUGCUCAGCUCUGUCAACCAGAUGCAGAAAAUGCUUUUAAAGUGAGACUUAGUCUCAAAACUGCUCUGGGAGAUAAAGCAUAUGCCUGGAAUAGAAAUGAAGAAUACUUAUUCAAGGCAAUGGUGGCUUUUUCUUUAAGAACAUUUUCCAACAAAGAAACAAUAGAAAUUUCCAAUGUCCUGCUUUGCAAUAUUACAAAACGUGUGUCAUUCUGGUUUGUAGUUACAGACCCUUCUAAAAAUCAGACGCUUCCUGCAAGUGAGGUGCAGGAAGCUAUAAGGAUGAACAGAAACAGGAUCAACAACGCUUUCUUUUUAAAUGACCAGACAUUGGAAUUUCUAGAAAUUCCCACCACCCUUGGACCCCCCACUGAGCCAUCAACCCCUAUCUGGAUAAUCAUAUUUGGUGUAGUAUUUUCCCUUGUCGUAGUUGGAAUUGUAUUACUGAUUAUGUCAGGAAUCCAUAAACAGAGAAGGAAAAGCAAAGCAUUGACAGAAACAGGUGAUGUUGAAGACAAAUAUGAAACAGUGGUGACAAUAGAAAAUGGUAUUCCCUGUGAUACUCUAGAUUCCAAGGAAGGACGUAUUAACAGAGCCUUUGCAGCAGACGGUGAAAAACUCACAUCGCUUUGA